CUCUCACAUGAUGAUCUCUUUAUAAUUUCUCUAUUCAGCCGGUCCCCCCCCCCCCACCCCACCCGCCUCCAGCCCUCCUCUUUAGUGUGGUCGUCUCGUCUCCUCAGCUGUUCUCAGAUCAGCUGUACCGGACGGUUCUCUCCAGCUGUGUGCGGCUCUCCCAGUCCCGCAGACAGGGUCGGCCAUGUUGUUGUGUGGUGGGGGUUGAUGUAAGUUCAGUAGUAGGAAGUAGAGGCUACGAGGAGCUGGGACACUUCAGGAUCUCACUUUUUUUUUUUUGCUGGAUUAAUCCUCUGCGAGGACAAUGACUGUCUCCUCCGUCCUCAAUGACUCUCGCGCUCCACUGAUUUAACUUCAGCGUCAAAUCUGUUCACAGUUUUUUUUUUUAUUUGAUCCAGCAGGAUAAAAUAUCCUGCAGCCUGAAGAUGAAGGCGGUUCGGUCCCUGUUGGAAUAACUCUGAUUUUUUUUUUCUUUUAUUGCCCGGAUCGGAGGUGAAGGAAAUAAAAGGAGGAAUCAAGAAGGAGAACGCGGAUUUGAGAAGGCAGGACGAGACGAUGGGCUGCGUUAAGAGCAAAGAGGACAAAGGUCCUACGAUGAAGUACCGGCCAGAGAACUCCACGUCGUCAGACCCCAACGCCACCAUAACCACGCCUCACGUGGGUCACUACGGACCGGAUCCCACCCAGCUGCCGCAGAACCAACCUCCCUCCUCUUCAUCGGGCUCUGGGGCGGCAAACUUCAACCACACCCUCACGCCGUUCGGCGGCCCGUCUGCCAUGACUCCCUUUGGAGGAGCGUCAUCGUCCUUCUCCGGUCCUGUGUCCAACUCGUUCUCUGGUGCCGUCUCAAGUGGCGUUACCUUCUUUGUGGCCUUGUACGACUAUGAAGCUAGAACAUCUGACGAUCUUUCCUUUAAAAAAGGGGACCGCUUCCAGAUCAUCAACAACACAGAGGGAGACUGGUGGGAGGCUCGCUCCAUCAACACGGGGAGAAACGGCUACAUCCCGAGCAAUUACGUGGCCCCUGCUGACUCCAUCCAGGCUGAAGAGUGGUACUUUGGUAAGAUGGGACGCAAAGAUGCUGAGAGGUUGCUGCUGAAUCCAGGAAACCAUCGAGGAACUUUCCUAGUGCGAGAAAGUGAAACCACUAAAGGUGCUUACUCUCUCUCCAUACGAGACUGGGAUGAAGCCAAAGGAGACAACGUCAAGCACUACAAGAUCCGCAAGCUUGACAGCGGGGGAUACUACAUCACUACCCGAGCACAGUUUGACACGUUACAGAAGGUCGUCAAACACUACACAGAGCAUGCCGACGGGCUUUGCCACAGGCUGACCUCGGUUUGCCCCACAGUCAAGCCGCAGACCCAGGGGCUUGCUAAAGAUGCCUGGGAGAUCCCCCGGGAGUCCUUGCGACUGGAGCUCAAACUGGGCCAGGGCUGCUUUGGAGAGGUCUGGAUUGGCACAUGGAACGGCACCACUAAGGUGGCCAUAAAGACGCUGAAGCCGGGCACCAUGUCGCCUGAGGCCUUCCUCCAAGAGGCGCAGAUCAUGAAGAAGCUCAGGCACGACAAGCUGGUGCCUCUUUACGCCGUGGUGUCUGAAGAGCCCAUUUACAUCGUCACAGAGUACAUGGCCAAAGGAAGCUUCCUCGACUUCCUCAAAGAGGGUGACGGCAAAUUCCUAAAGCUCCCCUUGUUGGUGGACAUGGCUGCACAGAUCGCUGACGGCAUGGCUUUCAUCGAGAGGAUGAACUACAUCCACAGGGACCUGCGCGCCGCCAACAUUCUCGUUGCCGACAACCUGGUGUGCAAGAUCGCCGACUUUGGCCUGGCCAGGUUGAUAGAGGACAACGAGUACACGGCGAGGCAAGGGGCCAAAUUCCCAAUUAAAUGGACGGCCCCAGAGGCUGCCCUGUACGGCCGCUUCACCAUCAAAUCAGACGUCUGGUCCUUCGGGAUCUUACUCACUGAGCUCGUCACCAAAGGCAGAGUGCCCUACCCAGGCAUGGUGAACCGGGAGGUACUGGAGCAGGUGGAGCGAGGCUACCGCAUGCCCUGCCCCCAGGGCUGCCCCGACUCCCUGCACGAGAUGAUGAAGCUCUGCUGGAAGAAGGACCCGGACGAGAGGCCCACGUUCGAGUACCUGCAGUCCUUCCUGGAGGACUAUUUCACCGCCACAGAGCCACAGUACCAGCCCGGAGAGAACCUAUAGCCUGCCUGGACCCGUAUCCCUACGCCUCGGAGGACACUUGCUUGAAGACACGAGCUCUUAAUUAUCUCGACGAAAAGUCGACUGGAAACCAAACUAACCAGUCGCAUAAACCACUACUUGCUCUACCCAUUCUUGAUUUUUUUUUUUUUUUUGCUUUCAGCAUCCGCCAUCAUUUCAUUUGACUUUGAUACUUGUUUUGUUUUCAUUGAUGGUACAAGUCUUACCUGUGUGUAAUGUUUGAUUUUCAAUGUGGAUUUUUUUUCACAAUGUCCAUUAAUGACUGUGGUAGAAAGAAGCAAAUGAAUUACAGUCAUGCUAAAUACACUACGUGUUUGGUUCUUUCUCAUGAACGCAGUCUGUUGCUGUAUAAAUAAGCUGUGAUAAUGCUUCGCAAUAGAAAAACAUGCGGUUUAAUGUGGAGAGCUCGCACUCCACUUAUCCUUCAAAUUGUAUUCUUUUGUGGUAAAUUGGUGAAUAAUGCAUCAGAACAAUGAAUUAUUAACAGAGAUAAUAUAUUAAACUAACAGGGAGAAGCUCUCAGGGGACUGGUGGUCGUUGUCACAGUCCACUUGACAGUAAUUAUUUAAAAGUAAAUCCCUCACAGCUUAAUUUAAGCUACACUUCAUCAGCUGCAGUGCAAUAUCUUAUGUGUUACAAAUCAGUGACUACAAUGAGACUGUGACAUGGUCUUUAAUGCCUUCCGAAUGUCUUAAAAUGCAUUUUGACUUUUUUUUGGUUUUACUGUUAUAUGUUCCUUUGUUAUCACAAAUCUUUAUCACAUUUUAUUCAUAUCACAUGGUUUCAUAGCUUCUAUUUAAAGACUUUCCUGACUGUCAAUCAUCAUCUAGAAAUCUCUGCUCAGACUUUUUUUUUUUACAACAAUGCCAUAAUUCUUUCUGUCCCUCACCGCCGAGGUUGUAUAAUCUCACUGCGAUCGCUACAGAGACGUGCUUACAUAAAGACAGCGUGGGUAAUGUGUCAGUGAGUUAAACAGCGAUGGAACUCGAGGACUUGCGGCUUCUCGCUGAGCCAGAAUGACGCUUCACGGAAACAAGACGUUUUUACGAGCUCUUUCUAAAAAGUGGAAAUCAUGAACAAAGCCACCAAAUAAACGGGAAACAACCGUUUAAUUGUCUGCAGUGUGACUGACUGAAUGUUCGUGUAUCUGAAGUGGCUCUGCAGAAACUACUUGUACAGCAAUGAUGACAGUUUUGUUUUUACAUCUUAUAUUUGCAUUUCGCUCCCUUUGACUCAUAGGGGACAGUAUUAUGACGUGAAGAACACUAAUUGUACGGCUGAGCUUGUAAAGAAGGGCUUUGUAUAUUACAAAAUCGUCAUUUUUUAAAGAUUAUUAAUAAAAAAAUGGAGAAGAUUGCAAAAUAUAUUUGGGAGGGAGGUAACGGGUGCAGUCUCAUCUGAGGAAUUUGUACAAUAAAG